AUGCGACCGGGCCUCUUUAUCACGGGCGCAAACUUCGUCAACAGUACGACGUUGCGCUGUCGGGUGGGCGAGGAUGUCAUAGAAGCGACUUAUUUACUACCUACGCUGGUUAUGUGCUUUCCGCCGCCCGUCGAGGCCGGCACGGGGCCCAAACGGGUCGACGUCGCGAACAACGGCGUGGACUUCACGCUUUCUUCCCAAAUGGUGUAUCCGCAUCCGAUCUGCCCGCCCGGGUUUUAUUGUCCCGGCGGCGAUUACGCUCUGAGACAUAAAGCGCCGCGCGGCGCCUACGCGGUCAUGGGGUCCCAGAACUGGACGGCGUGUCCUUCCGGGACCUACCAGCCUUUGUAUGGGCAGCGGGAGUGCUUGCGGUGCCCCAUCGGGUUCCAAUGUCCCGAGAGAGGUCUACCAGUACCUAGAUUGUGCCCGGCGGGCUACGUCUGCGAUGUGACGGGGACAGCUAGGGCGGACCAGCCCUGCCCGGCGGGCCACUUCUGCCUCGAGGGCACGGCGACGACCGCGACGACGUGCGGCCACGCGCGGCCGUCGUCGGCCCUGUUCCCGACGCGACUGCACGCCGAGCGGCACUCGACGGCGGGCACGGGCUUCGGAAGAGAAGAUGAACGUCCUCAACUCAGCCUAGGCGCGCGAAACGCGGGCUGCUUCUCGAACAGAACAGAUGAUGUUGGAUUGCAACUCUCGUCGGUCCCGGGCCGCUUCUGGCAGGAGCGGCAUUUGUUGCCUUUAGAUGAAACGUCGCCGUUCAACCCCCAUAGAGGAAGGUACUGUCUGGACGACGCGUGUCUGCGGCUCGAGGACGCCGACGACUUGUCGGUAGUCGACGCGCAUUUCGACUACAUCGCUUAUGGCGCGAACCUACGACGGCCCGUGCCCUGCCCGCCGGGCCAGUACUGCCAGCCGGGCACGGCCGUAUCCAGGGGCAACAUGCGGAACUUCAGCGCGCCGCAGCCGUGCGCCGAGUCGAUGUACUGCCCGGAGGGGUCCGAAAGUCCGUCGGGCGUCGGGAGCUGCCCGCGCGGGCAUUAUUGCCCCUUCGGCGUGCGCCUGGCGUGUCCGGCUGGCGCCUUCUGCCCGCGAGAUGGACUCAGUUCACCAAUCGUCUGCGAGCCCGGCUUUUUUAAUGGAAUGGUCGGCCAAGUGAGGUGCACGGCGUGCCCGCGCGGCGCCAUCUGCCCGGGUUUUGGCAGGAUCCAGCCGGCCAUCUGCCCGCCGGGCUAUGCUUGUUCUCGAGAGAGGUUAGCGGCUCCCAACAUGCGCUGCCCGCGGGGCCACUACUGCCCGAACGGGACCGUGACGGCGGACCCGCAG